AAUUAAAAGCAAAAAUCAAUUAGGAUUUUAUUAAGAAACGCGAACCCUAAGCUAUAAAUAUAAAGAAUGGAAAUUGAAUCAUAAAUAUUCUCAUCCUUCCCCAAAUUCUACGCCCAUCUCUUUCCCAACUCACAAUGGCGUGAAAACUCACUGCCUCGGAAAAAAAAUUCCAUUUUAAUUUCCAUGCCCAAGUGACAAACAGUCAAUCAAAAAGCAGGCCACGGGGGACAGGUCAGAGGGCACGCUGCUACCAUAACUCCACCUUGACACCUUUGUGACCCGACGCCACCCGUCGCUGCUCGCGGAUAUUUAUGGUAGAAAUUUAAAAUUAAUGAUGUGUGACGUGAAAUUGUCGCCAAAAAAAGAGAGAGUCGGGGAAAAAGUAAUGCAGAAAAAUUAAACAGAGAGAGAAGAGCGUACAAAAGGCAUCGGGACUAGCGGGAGGACAUCCGAUUUAAAAAAUUGCUAAGAAAAAUUAACGUAAAAUGGAAUGUCCUGAGAAUGAGCCCCUGCAAUUGCUUCAGCACAACAAUGCCAAGUUCAUAACCUGCGAUCUCCGGAAAAGAGACCUGGAAACCUGUCGAAGCAGUCUCAAAUCCACUUGCCAGAAUCCCAUCAGCGUGUAUGCUAAUAACCGAAUUUAUCUGGCCUGCGAGGUCAAGGGGUCACUGCCGGAAAUCUCCAAGUGGUCAAAUUAUGCAAAGCUCUUCAGGCCAUUGCCAAAAAUAAACUCUAGGAAAAAUAAGAAGAUUUGUAACCCCCAGUGGCAGUGGAGCGGUGCUAAAUAUUGUAUUGCUCCGCCACUAAGGCAGAGUCCACCACAAAAAGAAUCGUCUGAAAAGGAUUUACAUGAACAAGUAACCAAACAAUUUAAAUAUCAACCCAAGGCUAUUAAGCGAGCUGUGCUUAGAGAAACCAACAAGUACAGGAAACUUCAUCGUGCGAGUCCUUUAAAAAUGAACGAUAAUCUCUCUAAAUACGCACAAGACUGGGCAAACCACCUGGCCUACUAUGAUCGUCUUGAAACCCGACCUUUUCCGAUUUAUGGCGAAAAUAUCAUGUGUAUUCGUAAGCCAAUAUUUUCCAUCGAGCAUAUGAUGAAGCUCUGGUACCAGGAGAAGUACCACUACGACUACAUGGAUCCCUGUUUUAGCCCAUACACCGGUCAUUUCACCCAGAUGGUGUGGAAAGAUACUGAAUAUCUUGGCGUGGGAGUGGCCUCCAAGUAAGAUAAUUCCAAUACAUAGCCUGAAAUCAUAAAAAAACG